AAGCACAGAAUUGAAGCACAGAAUUGAAGCACCACCUAGAACCACCCACCUAGAAAGCUCUCCUGGGAGAGACGACGGGGAAGGUUUGUCCAUCUCAGGGACUGAAGGGUUUUUUGUGGGAAAGGACAAGCAAAUUGGGGUUUUUCUGAUUUGGGGUUUGAUCAUCUCUCUGGGUUUGGGAGCGUUUUGGGUGUUUCCUUUUCUCGAAUUUAUUGGGAGAUGUACGUGGGUUCUAUGCGAAAAUCGUUCAAGGACUCGCUCAAAGUGCUCGAAGCCGACAUUCAACAUGCUAAUACUCUGGCAUCUGAUUUUCCGAGGGAGUAUGAUGGUGCCUGCCUCCAAAUGAGAAUGUCAUACAGUCCAGCUGCACACCUGUUCCUCUUUUUGGUGCAGUGGACAGACUGCCAUCUUGCUGGAGCCCUUGGACUUUUAAGAAUAUUAAUUUACAAGGUUUAUGUUGAUGGCACUACAACCAUGUCUACUCAUGAAAGGAAAGCAAGCAUUAGAGAGUUUUAUGCGGUAAUUUAUCCUUCUCUUCUGCAACUUCAAACGGGUGUCACUGAUACCGAGGAUAAAAAGCAGAAGGCAGUUUGCAUGGAGAGGUACAGAAGAAGAGACGAUGAGGAGCAUAGACAAUUUACAGAUGUUGAUUUUGAAAGAGAAGAAGAAUGUGGAAUUUGCAUGGAGAUGAAUAGUAAGAUUGUAUUACCAAACUGCAACCAUGCCAUGUGCUUGAAAUGUUACCGUGACUGGCGAACAAGAUCGCAGUCAUGCCCCUUUUGCCGUGACAAUCUGAAGAGAGUUAACUCUGGUGAUCUCUGGGUAUAUACAGACAGCAGGGAUAUUGUUGACAUGGCCAUGGUGACAAGGGAGAAUCUGAGAAGGCUCUUCAUGUAUAUAGAUAAGUUACCUCUAAUUGUCCCUGAUACUGUUUUUGACACAUAUGAUUCCCACGUAAGAUAGGCUAUAAGUACAUGCUAAGUUUCAUUCUGUGAGAGGCUUUACUUGCUUCUGCCCCUUUUCUCUUGAUCACAUAAAGAACGGGCAAAUUAGUGGUAGCCCGUACUGCAGUGCUUUCUUCCCACUUCUCAUCAGAACACAGCCCGGGUUAUUGUGGACUGGGAGGUGAAGUUGAGAUACUUCAACUAGGAGUGGAUAAGGUGUACUUGGCACAUUUGUACAUGCUUGUAUAGCUUGAACUAUCAUACUAUUUUCUCAUUCAGGUGUGCAUCGAUGUCAACAAAUUCUGUUUACUCAGCGCUUGUUUUCAAUCAAUGCCAUGCAAACAGCAACUAUUUUCUCAAUGUGGUGAUUUAAUCCUGGGCCUCAACUCAACUAAUUAUGUAAUUUUGCAUACCUGUAAAUCUUGAUCUU